AUGACACUUGGUGGUACUUGUUUCUUCCGCGCUUGCUCAUGCGACUCAACUACCCAGUCGUAUUUCCCCUCAACCAGAUCUCCUUCGUCGGCGAGGACGACUCCGAGUACUUCUGCCAACUCUAUGGGAGACGGUUCAAUGUUCUCAGCCAAACAUACCCGCUCCCUGUUGACGAGGAAGAAGUCAGACGGUCUGAGCUACACCACCGAAUACUCAAGUUUCUCUUUAACGGAAAAAACUAUGUUGGGCCGAUGAAAGAUGUGCUUGCCCCCAGGGAGGGCAAGGAACGUUGUCGCAUCCUGGAUCUCGGCACCGGAGGUGGUUUCUGGGCAAUUGACCUGGCAGACGAGUUUCCGACUGCAGAGGUGAUUGGCGUCGACCUCGCCCCCAUCCAACCACGCGAAGUACCAGAGAAUUGCACUUUUGAGCUCUGCGACCUGGAUCAGUUUUUUCUGCCUUACCCCAAUGAACACUUCGACGUCAUUCAUGCAAGAUUCAUGCAUACAGGAAUAUCGAACUUUCCCCGUUUUCUCAAUGAGAUCGCACGCAUGCUACGACCUGGCGGAUUGGUCAUCCUAAUCGAACCAGAUCCCGAACCGAUCGCAGAUGGGAAAACGGCUACCGAGCUGACCCGAUCCGGGCAGCCCUCCGGCAUGCGAGGCUGGUUCGCUUUGUGGGAAGCCUACGCACAGUGCCUUCGUGACAAGGGAAUUCGACUCACCCAAGAAGGCAACAUUCCCAUAGGUUUCUGGCCAAAAGAUCCUACCGCUCUUACCAUCGGCCAACUGGCGUGGAUGGAUUACGAUAUCAUGCUCCCGGCCCUUAAGCCCCUUUUCCUUUCAGCCGGCAUGAAGGAGUGGGAGGCUAAGAAACUCAUCGAAGAAGCUCAUCAGGACCUCUACUAUCCACUCGUUCGUCCAUCCGCUCGACUCCACAUUGUUCAUGCUAUCAAAAAGGCGACUUCUUUGUGACUGUUAUUAUCUUCACACUUUGCAUCGGUUAUUGGACAAUUCAGGCUGCCAAAAAGAAAAAGAAAGUGUCAUACCCCCUACCCGCACUCCUUGUACAUCAUCCAUAAUAUUACCUCGCAUUCUACCAUGUCCUAGGGUUCAUGUUUUCUGGUCACUAUGUUCAUGUAUGUAUAACUACCGCCCACUUACCAUUUCACACAUGUUAGCCUUGGAUCUUACCUUCGUACGAUGUUUGACUGGAAAUCCGACUGAUUCAAAC